AUGUACCCCCUCUCUGGCAUAAAAGUUAUUGAGCUAGCUGGUCUAGCACCAGGCCCCUUCGCCGGCCUCCUGCUGGCCGACUAUGGUGCUUCAGUCCUACGCAUCGACCGACCGAGGAGUACGACCGAGGAGAGCCAUGCUCCAACCCCGGACCGACUAACCCGCCACAAAGCCUCUCUCUGUCUCGACCUGAAAGAAGAAAACCCAACCGACAGAGGGAAACUGUUCUCCCUCCUCGCCCAUGCCGACGUGCUGAUCGACCCGUUCCGCCCGGGGGUUCUGGAACGACUGAAUUUAGAUCCCGUCGACUUGCUCGCGCGAUUCCCCCGGCUGAUCGUCGCCCGGCUGACGGGGUUCCGACCAGAUGGAAACGAUGUAUAUAGUUCCAUGGCGGGGCAUGAUAUCAAUUACCUGGCUGUGUCGGGGGUUCUGAGCCUGCUCGGCCGGAAGGGACAGCCACCCUACGCUCCGGCUAACUUGCUGGCCGACUUCGCCGGCGGGGGAGCCAUGUGUUUCACGGGGAUCUUGCUCGCCCUACUUGUUCGAAAUAAGAUGGGAAGAGGCCAAAUCGUACAUGUCAAUAUGGUUGACGGGUCGGCUUACUUGGCUACUAUGCCGAGAUUGUUGGGGUUGGAUAGCAGCAGCCCCGUCUGGAACGGGGAGAGGGGGGAUAACCUGCUCGACGGGGGGUGUCCGUACUACGACACCUACGCUACUAAAGAUGGGAAAUAUGUUGCUGUCGGAGCGCUAGAGCCGCGGUUUUACUCUGUUUUACUUGACAGACUGGGCUUGGGCGAGGCCGAUCUCCCUGCUCGUACGGAGAAACGGAAUUGGCCGGCGUUGAGGGAACGGUUCCGUGCAGCGUUUGAAUCCAAGACGAGGGACGAGUGGGCGGCUGUGUUUGAGGGGAGUGAUGCGUGCGUCACGCCUGUCUUGGAACUGGGGGAGUUGAAGCAGAGCGGGUUCAGGCAGGCCUUGCCGGUUUGUCUGGGGAUGACGCCCGGUAGGGCGAUACCUGGAGAAGAUGGAGAAGAAGAGAAAGGUGGACUAGCUCCGGGGGAGGGGGGGGAUGAUCUCGUUAAAGAGUGGUUGAGGGGUGCUUCUAAAGCAAAAUUAUAG